AUGGCGCAAAGCCUCCCUCAACACAAAGAGGCCAAGGAAGGGGAAGAAGAGGUGCACGAGGUAGUCAUCGACAAGGCACCAAAAGCGUCCACCGGGGAGAAACCCCUGUCCAACGACCAACUAACCCUGAUCGACAUGCUCAUCACGUCGAAGAAGGUGUACACAAACGCAAAGGCGGUGGAAGAAUACGAGAUUCUUCCGCAACUGAUCGACCAAUUGGUCAAGAUCUUCCAGACAGUCAAAAUCUUCCUGGGCUGGAAGGAAAUCAGCGCAAAGAUCGACAGCUGGAAUCCUCACAAAGAGAAGAAGGUCGCAGAGUUCUGGGCAAACCACACCAAGGAACAAAAGAAGAAGGCCAACGCUCCAAAAGCAGAAGCGCACACAAUGACAGGCACCAUGAAGGACAAACUCAGGGGGUACAAGAUACCCAAGAAGAAAAAAUCAACAGCCGGUGCAAGCAAACCUCCGAGAUAA